GAGGACAAGAUUCUGCUGAACCACGUGAUGCGCUACGGCAGCCGCUACUGGGGGCUGCUGCAAGCCACGGGGCAGCUGCCUCAGCGGGACCAGAAGUCGUGCUGCAACCGCUUCCUGCUCCUCAAAAAGCGGUGUCUCGGGACAACGUCCGCUGUGGUCGUCGAUGCUUCCCACGCCGCAGCGGCGGCAGGGCAGCCCGCGGCGCAAACUCCGUCAGCGCCGUCAGCACCAGCAUCACCGGCACCGCAAUCAGCGCCGGUAGUAUCACCGCCCCUCGCGUCUCCCACUCUCCCAUCACCAGCACCCGCAGGCGUGUCAGCAGCCGUCGGAUCUGCCGGCCUUGCCAUCGCCACGCGCAUCCAACCGUCAGCGCUGGCCUCGUCUCCCGCCAGUGGGCCCCGUGCGGGUUCGUGCGGUGCCGUGAGCACCAGCGGUCUCGCUCCCUUGGGCUCACCUGCUCCUGCACCGGAUUCUGCGCCACCGCUCUCGCCGUCUCUUUCGCCGUCUCCGUCAACCCUACCGGCUCCGCCAGCGCAACCGGUAGGGCAGUCGACGUUAGCACAACCCGGCGCUCGUGCGUCAGCGCAGGCGGUCGACCAAUGUGCUCCCGCUAGCCAUGUCCCGCCAGGAACGGAUCUCCCAUCACCGGGCGCGCGCGGAAACGCCGCCGCUGCAGGCGGGGAACUUCAGGAUAGUGCGCAGGUGCGGGUGAAAGCGGAGGAGGAGUCGGCAGCGGGAGGGACGCUGGCAGACGCGGUAGCGGCAGCAGCCGCGGCGGCACUGCCGGCGCCGAGCAGUGUCGGCGCGGGAGUGAAGGCGGAGCAGUGCGAUGCAGCCGGCGAGAGUGGGGUCUCUGCUUGUUGCGGGGAUGGAGGUGUGUCAACGGGAGGUGCUGCUGACGCUGCUGGACCUGCCACAACUGCGUCUACCAGCGCUGCUGGUGGCAGCGGCACUAACGGCGGUGCGCGCAUGGCACCCGUGCUUCUCACCAGUGUCACACCCGACAUAAUGUCCGCGGGGGCAGCAGUGGCGGCCGUGCCGCUGCCGUCGGUCAUCGCCACGCCGUCCGAGCGCAAGCGCAACAACAAGGUCGUCGCGUGCCGCAUCGCGCUGCUCCUACAGCAGGUCGCCCCGCGCUCUCCCUCCGCGCCCACCGCAGGCACUGCCGGCGGGGCUGCUCCUGCUGCGGCUGCUGCGGGCGCCACUGCCCCGUCUUCCUCCGCUGGUGCCGGCGCAUCCACGGACUCCGCUUCCGCCCUCGCCACCUCUGCGCCUGCGUCCAUCCGCGCGCCGGCGGCAGCAGCGGGAGGGGGGACGUCCGCCGACCUCGUAGCUACUGCGCAUGGGUCCGCCUCUCCCGCUGCUUUCACUGCCCCCGGGUCUGGCGCGGCCGCGCAAGGGGGGAAGUGCGUGAAGACGGAGGGCGCUGACGUGGGCAGCGGAACUUCCGCUCGUUAUGACCACCCCGCUCCGCCUGGUCAAUGCGGUCACCACCACCAGCAGCAGCAAAGUGCAGCUUUCCAACAGGGUCAACAGGGUCAACAGGGUCAACAGGGUCAACAGGGUGUGUGCAUCCUUCCGAAUAUUGCCGCGACUCAACACAGCGCGCACACGAGCGAGAAGGGGCGGGCGGGAAGAGCAGGGGCAGAGACGCGCCCGGGAGCUGCGGAAACAGGCAGCACGACACCGCCACCACCGCCCUUAUCGCCCGCAUUUCCUGCUGCUUCCCCCGACCACCUGGUGCGCUGCCACUCCGAACCGUGCACCUCUGCCGUUCCGCAUGCGCCCGCCACGGCCGCUUCCGCCUCGCCGUUCUUUCCGCAGCAGUACCAUCGCCCUUCCCCCGCCACCAGCCUUCCCGCUUCCAUCUCCCCUCACCCAUCCCGCUGUCCUGCGUCCGCCGCUGGCGCACGACUUGCCGCCGCGCACUCCGCGCAUGUGUCCCCGUCCGGGGGAAUGCACGCCGCGACAGCCGCUCCAAGCGCGGAGAAUAGUACCCCGCCGGCCGCGCACCUUAUUUCCCCGUUCAGUCAGCCCCCCGCCACUCCCACGUUUCUCCCCGCUUCUUGUCCUUCCGCCAACCGCGCGCCCUCCCCGCUCCUCCUUUCCCCCGCCGCCUUUCCGCUCGACGACCCCGCGCCCGUCUUCUCGUGCAACUUUCACCCUCCCGCCUUCACCAGCGGGGGCCCGCUGCCUCCGCCGCUUCCGCAAUGCGCGGAACAGCCCCCCGCAGGUCAACCCCUAGGGCGGAGACCGCGCAGGCUAGCUUUCGGUGGCAGUUCCGCUGCAAAUCCCGGCGCCUCUUCCGCUGGACCAACUGGCGGCCCUCCCGGUGCCGCUGCUAUCGAUGCUGACGUCAUUGUGGGAGGUACAGCAACGGGCGGAGGACUGGGGACCGCGCGGCGGAAGCGCCAGGUCCGCAGCGGCAGCAGCAGUGGCGGAAGCAGCAGCGUGGGGCGCGGAGACGGCGGGAAGGAUGGGGGAAAGAACAGGUGCAGCAGCGCGCGGGAUGCCGCGGGCCGAGGGACCGCGACGGCGGAAGGCGCUGGCGCUGCGCGCGGAAAGACGGCGGAAGCGGAGGAGGAGCGGGGAAGAGCGGACGGGGGGGAGACGCUUGGGGAUGCAGGGCGGAGCGGAAGCAGCAGCGAGCAGUGCGGAGGGAGCGGUGGAGGGGAUGGGGAGUGGGAGCGAGGCGCGAGAGGCGACGUGAAGCGGCACGCCGUGGAGUCCGCGUCUCGGCCCGGCAGCCCCUCGCACGCCCCUCUCGCUCUUCUCGCGCCUCCCGCCCCCCCCGCGCCGCAUGGCGCCUUGCCCGCUGCCACCGCACAUGCCGCUGUGGGCGGACACAUGUCCCCCGCCGUCGCUGGCUGUGUCACGCGCAGCCCGGGGAGCAGCGGCGGUGGGCGGGUUGGCUCUGGAUGGGCAGUGGAAGAGGAUGACAGUGAAGAGGAGACAGCACGCGCUGAGAAUGAAACCCUUGCACUCACCUACCCUCACCCAUCGCCUACAGCUGUCUCCAUCCACCAGCAGCACCAGCACACACCGCCCGCUCUUGCAGCGUUCACAGCCAGUGCUACUGCCGGCACUGGCGGCACUGGAGUGGGAGCAGCAGCGCACACAGUGGGCUGUGACGAGGCAUCAGCGGCUGGCAGCAGCAGGAAGACCAUGGAGGACCUCCCAGGCGCGUCUGUGCUGCUGCUCGACAAGCACAGUGACUCGGACAGUGACGGCAAUGGCGCUCUGCCGGGCUGUGGUGCGGUGGGUGGCGAGGCAGCUGCAGGGGGACUUCAGCAUGCGGAAUCACCUGCUCCUCCUGGCCCGUUCCUUCCUGCUCCUGCUGCUGCUGCUGCUGCUGCGGUUGCUUCUGCUGUCGCUGCCACUGCUGCUGCUGCUGCUGCUGCUGCUGCUGCUGCUGCUGCUGCUGCUGCUGCUGCUGGUGGUGGUGGCAAGGCAGUGUGUGAGGCGAUGGCAGGGCAGGAGGAGGGGGGAGCAGCAGGAGGUGCCAUGGGGUGGCACAUGGACGUGGAUGCUGCUACCGCCACCGCACACACACCUGCUGCUGCCCCAACCGCCAAGCACGCAGUGCUACCACCCGCUGCUGCAGGCUCGCAGGGGAAGCCCUCUCAUACACCUGACGCCUGUGUGACUCUUGCUGCCUGGCCGCGCCUCAAUGGUGCUGCCAAUGACCCUGCAGGCGCUGUCGCUGGUGGGAUCACUGGUAGGGGAGCCAUGGGUGCUGCAGCUGCUGCUGUUGGAGGGGCCGUGGGUGCAGGGGUGGUGGAGAGGAGCAGGGCGCGUGGCAGCAUGGGGGGGUGCUGCUUGGACGUGGAUGCACAAGGGGUGGGUGCAGGUGUGGUGGGUGCACAUGCACACUGUCACUGCCUGUGCUCAAACCUUGGCUUCUGA